UAUACUUGAAAAGAUCAUCAAAGAUAAACCUGAUUAACUGACUGAUUGUUAAAUUGUUGAUUAGAUACAAAGUAUCAGAUCAUAAGCAUUUAUAUUUAAAGAGAAAGUAAAAAACAAGUAUCAGUUAAUAAUAAUCUGUGGUUUAAGAGAAGUCAUUUUGUCAAGGACUAAUUGUGAACAAUUAACAAUGUCUUGGGUUCCAAUUCCAGCAACAAGUCAGUUUACAAUUGACAAUUUACCUUAUGGUGUUUUCUCAACGAGUAAUAAUUCAACUCAUCGGAUCGGUGUGGCCAUUGGAGAUCAUAUUCUUGACCUUAAAGUUGUCCAUCAUCUUUUCAAUUUUGAGAAGUUGAUUAAAUCUGGUGAACAUGUUUUAACCAAAUCAACUUUAAAUGACUUCAUGAGUUUGUCUCCAUCUGAAUGGCAUCAAGUACGAGUCAAGAUUCAAGAUCUUUUAUCGGGUAAAGAUAAGUCCUUGGAAAAUGAUCUGUGUCUUCGUAGAACGGCCUUGGUUGAACAAAAAGAGGCCACUAUGCAUUUACCAGCGACAAUCGGUGAUUACACUGAUUUUUAUUCAUCAAUUUAUCAUGCAACUAAUGUCGGUAUAAUGUUCAGAGGUAAAGAGAAUGCGCUGAUGCCCAAUUGGCGACAUAUUCCCGUUGGUUAUCAUGGUCGAGCGUCUUCAAUAGUUGUCUCAGAAACACCGAUUCGAAGGCCAAAUGGUCAAACCAAGAAUGACGAUGAAAGUAAACCAGGUUUCGGUCCUUGUCGUUUACUUGACUUUGAAUUGGAAAUGGCCUUUUUUGUUGGUAACACCGCUAAUCAACUUGGUCAACCAAUUCCAAUUGUUGAAGCUCAAGAUCACAUUUUCGGCAUGGUUUUGAUGAACGAUUGGUCCGCUCGUGACAUCCAAAAAUGGGAAUACGUACCAUUGGGACCUUUUCUGUCUAAAAACUUUGGGACAACCAUAAGUCCAUGGGUCGUACCAAUGGAAGCACUUGAACCAUUCAAAGUUGAAAUGUAUAAACAAGAACCCGAGCCGCUUAAUUAUCUUAAAGAUAAAAAUGACUUUGGACUUGAUAUAAAUUUGAAUGUUCAAUUGAAACCACAAAACGGUGAACCAAUAACCAUUUCGAAUACAAAUUUCCGUCAUAUGUACUGGAGUAUGAAACAACAAUUGGCUCAUCAAACAAUCACUGGAUGUAAUGUUAAUCCAGGUGAUCUAUUGGCUUCGGGAACGAUUAGUGGACCAGAACCCGAAUCUUAUGGAUCCAUGUUGGAGAUAACCUGGAGAGGAUCUAAACCAAUAACUUUGCCCGAUGGAAGUCAAAGGAAAUUCAUACAAGAUGGAGACGAAAUCAUCUUAUCAGGAUUCUGUGAGAGAGAUGGAAUCAAGAUCGGCUUCGGUCAAUGUCGAGGUGUCGUUCUUCCCGCUUUGGCUCUUUAAGAAAUAGAACCAUAUUGAUUUUGUUUACAAUGAACAAUUUUCUGUGAAGAAAAAUUGUUAAUUCGAUAAAAUUGAAAGCUAAAAAUUUGGAACAAACUUUCUAACUUUUUACUUGAUAAUAAAGAAGAAAAAAUUUAUAACUCAUUAA